GAUUCUUGGUGAUUCCAUGAUCAUGCUUUUUCAAAUGUAGAAAGGGAUGGAGUGUAACUCCUAUAUACCAGGAAUGAGAAAGUGAGAAAGCUGGCUCCUUAACACAAUGAAGACCACAUUAUUGACACAACUGAAACAAAGACUCGUUCAACACAAUAUAUUGUGACACACGCUCGGUUAGAUGUCCUCCUAAACCCGUUAUGCAUCUCCUGCAACUCCAUCACCUUACUGGUACAUUUUUCAAUCAAUUUCCUGUAACAUAAAUUCACGAUAUAUUAUGGAUGCAUCAGAUAACAUAAAGACUACGUACUACGGUACUAGGAUGAUCUUUCUUCAUACCGUUAUUACACUGAAUGACAAGAAAAGUGUCACCGUACCAAAACAAAUUACUGGCAGACGAAGAACUUGUGUUUGGUUAACAUUGAUGAUACCGAGAUUAGAACCUCCACUCUUGAGGAAUUGACAAAACAGUCAACAAAGGUAUGAGCUAUAUUUAGUCAGGUAGCCGAAACAAGUCUAAAUGGUAUGUUAAUGCAUCAAGUUAAAUGAAAACAAGGAGGUAAAUCAUUAAAAACACAACACAUUACUUUUCAUUUUGCAUGCAUUCGUUGAAAUUUUGUGCUUCUUAUAUCUACUAACGUCAAGAGCUUAUCUCACAUUAGGUCUCAAUGUUUCAUAACGAUAGAUUAUUGCUUUGUCCCAUAAAAUGAUAAAAUUCUUUUUAUAAUAUAGGAUUUUAUAAAGUUGACAUAAGUUAUUUGUUUCCUUUUGGAUAUCUGUUUUGUGCAUACUAUAUCUAUGGCUCUUGAGUUUGAACCCGAAACAUUUAGUUUACCAUCUCCUUCCCAUGUCUCAGAUUUGGAUUUGUGGCUUUUCUUUAGACAAUUAAGAUUGCCUUUUUGUGGCUUUUUAAUAAUCUUAAAUAGAAUGUACAAAGAGAUGGAGUUGUAACUCCUACAAACCAGGAAUGGGAAAGUGGCAAAGCUGGCUCCUUAAUUUAACACAAGGAAAGGAAGACCAUGUCUUUCGUUAUUGACUCAACUGAAACAAAGACUCUAUCAAUUCAAAUACUUUCGGUUACGGACAACGCCAUCACCAACUGGCACCAUAAACGCCACAAAGCUCUGGCAGAUCAAGAAGUUUUUGGGAAACAACGAUACCGAAGCUAGGGCCUCCAUUGUUGAUGAAUUGACAAAAGCAGUCAACAUAUGUCUUGCCUACUGUAUACACCUCAGAACAACACGCGAAACUAGGAGUAUGGAUACGAUUAUCAGUUAGGUAGGGGAAACAAUUCAACUGCAUCUGCCCUGUCUCUUUCAAGCACUCGUCCUCGUCCGACUGAGCAGAGACGCUUGUAGAAGACAUCACAACCACGAAAACUGUAAGCAACACUAAAACCACUCCUAUCUUCAUGUUUCCUUGAUGAAAUACGUGGUUGGAGAAGAAUCUUUUGAGUUUUGUUAUGAUCUUUUCAGAUUCGUUUGGUUUUUCAGAGUCUUGCUAGCUAAUUGGUACUAUAUAUAAUAUAAUACUGUGUGUUUUGUGUUCAAUUUUGUUUUAUAAUAUGAACAAUUAGCUGUUAUUUUUCCUUG